AUGUCCUUCCUCUCCGGCCCCCCCUGGCCGCAGCAGCCGGCCGGUAUCGGUGGAGGCGGUGGCUUUGGAGAAGCUUCCAGUGGGCUCCAGCAAAAGCCCCCCAGCUCUCUCUCCCCUUCUCUGCCCCCCCCCGGUCCGGCCUCCAACCGACACACUGACCCCCACCGCCAGGGCCCGCUGGGCUCCGGGGGGGCCACGAACCAGGACGGGUCCAGGAAGACUCUGAUGGAGGAUGGGGGGAGAUCAGGGCGAGGCCGGGCCGAGGGGACGUGCUCUGGUCCAGAGGCUGGAGAUCCGGGAACGCCAGGAACGCCGGGCUUCAGGAUGCCAGAGCUGCAGGAGGGGGCCGGAGGGGGGGGGCCAGAGCAGGUAGGCCACCGGGCAAAAGGGAGCGGGGACUCGUUAGGGAGCGCAGGACAGAGCCCCAGCAGCCCCCUGUCCCAGUCCUCCCCCUCCUCCUCCCUACUCUCCCCCUCGUUCUCACCCGGGAGCUCAUUCCCAAACCCGGUGAUGGACUCUAGACCCGGUCCCGGUCCCAACAGAGCUGCCCACCAACAGCAGGAACCCCAAAUCCCCAAAGCCUCAGCUCCUGCCCCAGAGCGGGCCUCAAGGCCCGAGAAGACCCUCCCACUGAGCCCGCCACCCACCGGAGGAUCCACUUCACAUCUGGAACACAAACGGGACGAGAGGGUGAAACCCUGGAGCCCCCCGGGAAACCGAACGGAAGAUUCUGGACAUUCAACCCACAAGCCACACGCAGGAAAACAAGAUGGAGAUGCAGCUCUUCCUGUGGUGUCCAACCCAAUGUGGGGUAACACUGCACCAGGCCCCCCCACGGGAGGCCCCCCCCAAUUGGGGCCCCCCCCCCGGGGCCAGCAGACACACAGAGACACCCGGGCGCCGGGGGGGGGCGAGCUGCCCCCGCGGACCGCCGUGAGGCGGGCCAUGUCCGACUGCUCGCACCUGUCCGUUCCCAUGGUGAUGGCCGGGGUCUACCCCUCCAGCAUGGGGGGGUCACAGGCCCUGCCCAACUUCACCCUGGCGGGGGGGCCCUGCCCCCCCCCGGGCCGUGCGCCGCUCGCUCACCGUCAGCGACGGGUCGGAGGCCGCCGUCGCCAUGGCAACCGUCGCCUCCUCCCCUCGGCUGAUGUCCCCCGUGCUGCCUCUUCUCAAAAAUAUAACAAUCUAUUUUCUCUCGCAGUGAAAUCUGACAACAAGGACAAGCAGGAGAAGAUAGACAUAAUCUCCAGCAAAAUGGACAAGACUGACACCUUCGGCAAGAAGGAGGAGCCCCAGAAAAAGGACAUAAGCCCCGACAAGAACCAGAAGUCUGAGAAGAUCCUGAAAAACGAAGACCAGAUGGAGAAGCUCAACGCAGAGAGGAACGACAAGGAAAAGGUGGACAAGCCUGAGAAGACCAACAAAGACGACAAGAAGGAGGAGGAAAAGAAACCUGCCGAGAUCAAGGAGAAAAAGGAGGAGAAGAAAGAGGAGAAGAAGGAGGAGAAGGCAGGGAAAGGCUCGGCUAAAUCUCCCACAGGCAACGGCAGCAAGGCUGUGCCCGCCACAGACAAUAAGAGCAAGGUGAGUCUGCCCCCCCCCCAUAGCUGA